AUGCGCUUCAUCCUGAUGUGCUGGCUCUCGCAACAUCUGGCACAUUCUGAGACGACACUCCAAAUUCCAAAGGGAUUCCCGGAAGUCUUCACUGGGCUCCUCUUUACUGACGACUUCUACCACACGAUUACUAUCCCCUCCUUCAAGACAUCCGGUUCGAUGGACCAAUUCAUUCGACCAGUCGAGUGGAUUGUGACUGCCCACCAACAAUGCCCAUAUGAAGCCAAUGCUCUCAUCCACAUCUUUCGUGAGUCCAAACGCGCCGCUCUCCACAUCUUCUCUGCCCGUUCCAACUUGUCUCUGCAAUCCAUGGAGGACCUCCAACGUUUCUCCGUCCCCGCCGUCGAACAGCCAAUUCCAAGAUAUCUGGCCAUUUCACUCAACCUGUUCUCCGGAGCGCUCUAUAUUCGAGAUAAGAAGACAUACGAUGACAUCUGUGGUCUCCUGAGACUGAAGCUCGAGGGUUUACCCACUCACUUGGCCAACCCGCGGAUCAUAAACUCCACUGGCUUCGUCCGGACGGCAGCAGCGCGGCGAGAAUUAGGGAUGCCAGUCAUGGGCUUUGAAGAGUCUGCUCUUCCUUUCUUCCGCAAACUUAUCACAAUGCGACGAUACGGGAAAGGGUUUGGGCCGUCGCAUAUGGGUAAGCUCUUAUAUGGGAAGAAGCUAGAAGACUCGGAUUUCCUCUGA